AUGGCCGCCGUGGGGGAAAUGGCGAUGUGGGUCUCCCCAGCGACGGUGAGCCUCAUGGUGGCCCGACGGCGGCGCGAAGCGGUGCAGAGGGAUCGAGGAGAACCAGUCUUCCACGACCACGGGGUCUCUUCCAAACUGCGGACUCGGUUCGAAGACCCGGGAACUAUCAUGCCAGCCGCGAAAUCCGGUCUCCCUCUCACCGAAGCAUGGAUCGGGUCGUGCUCGAGACCUGGAGACAAACAACCGAUCUCCUCUGCUGCUGCUACCAGUGCUAUAACCCCACCACUCUGGACGUCGCGAGGAGGGGCGGAACUCCCGCUCGAAUCUCUCGCCGCGAUGACCUUCACGGACGAUUCGAAUCUGACGAUCGUUGUGGUACCGUCCGCCUGGGCUCCGUUGGCGGCGUUGCUGGUCGAUCAUGACGGGUCGACCGUCGUGGUACCAACGUUCGAGAUCUCGGGACGUGAUGGAUGA